AUGUAUUCUAAUUUCCUAACCAGGCGAAUGAUACACCCACUUGAAAUUAUUGAUCUUGAUAGCGAAUUGUUGCACUGAUCUCAACAACUUGAUGAUGGCUUAGGCUAUUCCAACUCAAGACAAAGAAAUAAAGGGUUAAUGGCUUGAUGCCCUAUAGGCUAUACAGAUGACGGGCUAAGCCAGCUGUUGACUCCAUUGGAAAAGCACCAAACUUUCCACUCAAAAAAUCCAGCAUCAUACUUCCACCCUUUCCGGACUUCACCCAUACCAAAACCAUCGAACCCCACAAAACCAGAAGGGAAAAAGAACUUUCCCCAUUUUAGAUCUCCAAAAAUGGUGCCGGGUAGGAAUUCCAUGGAGAUAAUAAUAGCCAAGUUUAGCCAUUGGUGGCCGCCAUUGAAGAAGGGUACUCCUGCAACUCUCAGAGCCAUCUUCUUCUUCCUCGUCCUCUUCCUUGCUGCCUACAUCUCUUCCUUGUGCCUCGACACUUCGGCAUUUCUGUCCAUAAAAAACGAACCUGUUCCCACUAACGUUGAAGUAGUCUUGGUUCGACCCGAGAAUCUGACCAAAUUGGAAGAACCCAGAACUCCAUUACCGGCAAAGCUUCAAACUUUACCUGAAAGGGUACUCGAAUUUCCGGCCAUCGACUGCUCUGGUGCCGACGAGAGAAAGAACCAAACUCGAACCUGUCCUGACCGGGGAAAGGAACCCACGUGGGAACCCGCCCGCGGAAGCAGGGGAGAAUGUCCGAGCUACUUCCGGUGGAUUCACGAGGACCUGAAGCCGUGGAAGGCGUCAGGGAUCACGAGGGAGAUGGUGGAAGGAGGCAGGGGAAGUGCCAAUUUCCGGCUGGUGAUAAAAAAGGGUAGAGUCUAUGUGGAGAAGUUCAGGAAAUCAAUACAGAGCAGAGACAAGUUCACGAUUUGGGGGAUUCUGCAGCUUCUUAGGAAGUACCCAGGAAAGAUUCCUGAUUUGGAGCUCAUGUUCGACUGUGAGGACAAGCCGGUGAUCCGACCGGAGAAAUACUCUGCCGAGGCGGCGGCGCUGCCGCCGUUGUUUCGGUACUGCGGUGACAGGCGGACAGUCGACGUGGUGUUUCCUGAUUGGUCAUUUUGGGGAUGGGCAGAGAUAAACAUAAGGCCGUGGGAUAAGUUGCAGAAAGAGAUGAAGGAAGGGAACAAGAUCAUCAAAUGGGAAGAGAGGGAGCCUUAUGCUUACUGGAAAGGGAACCCUUUUGUUGCUGACACUAGGAAGGAUCUGCUGACCUGCAAUGUCUCCGAUAGACAUGAUUGGGGUGCUCGCAUCUUCAUCCAGGUAAAUCUUUUGGAUUGGUUCAAGGAAUCCCAACAAGGGUUCAAGGAAUCAAGUUUAGCAAAACAAUGCAAACACAGAUACAAAAUCUACAUUGAAGGGUAUGCAUGGUCUGUGAGCGAGAAGUACAUUUUAGCGUGUGACUCGAUCACUUUCAUGGUAAAACCUUACUACUACGAUUUCUUUACAAGAAGCCUGGAGCCUCUCGUCCACUAUUGGCCCAUAAACGACAGAGACAAAUGUAGGUCCAUUGAGUAUGGAGUCCAAUGGGGGAACCAAAACCCUGAGAAGGCACAAGCAAUCGGAAGAGCUGCCAGCGAGCUCAUCCAAGAAAAAGUCAGCAUGGAUUACGUCUAUGACUAUAUGUUCCACCUGUUGAAUGAGUACGGUAAGCUCCUCCGUUUCGAGCCACAGGUUCCCGCCGCGUCCGUGGAGGUUUGCUCGGAGGGCAUGGCUUGUUCGGGUGGAGGUGAGGAUGUUCUGGGGCUUGGGUUGGAGAGGAAGUUUAUGUUGGAGUCAUUGGUGAAGAGUCCUUCUUUGUCAAGGCCAUGUGAGAUAGGGCAUCCUUUCGAGUCACAAGAGUUGGAGAAAUACUAUAAGAGAAAUCUAAACACAAUUAGGAGAGUUCAGAAGUGGGAGAGCCAGUACUGGCAAGAUUUUGAAAAGCAAGGGUAGUCAUUAGUGUAGUGAUUCUUUCUUGUACCUUAAAUCUUUACUUGACACUUAUGAAUUCAUUCCUCUUGGGAGACAUAAGAAGUGAAAAUUGUGCACAGUACAGACACAUUGAAUAACAUAAGUCAAUUGUUCUCGAGCA